AUGGUCUUCAAGUUGGUGGUCUUCUCUUGCCUGGUGGCUAUGGCGUAUGGGAGCGCAGCGUACGCAGCGGCACCUGUUGCCUACACCGCACCAGUCGCAGCAAGGCUUGAAGAGUUCGAUCCCCUGCCACAAUACCGAUUCGGAUACAACGUAGCGGACUCUCUUACCGGUGACUACAAGAGUCAGUCGGAGCAGCGCGAUGGAGACUUUGUGCAGGGACAGUAUUCCCUUGUCGAGCCUGACGGUACUCGUCGCGUUGUGGACUACGCUGCUGACCCUGUCAAUGGUUUCAAUGCUGUUGUCCGCAAAGAACCCCUUGUGGCUGCCGCUCCUGCUGUAGUCGCUGAACCCGCAGUCGUGCCUGCUCGUAUUACUGCUGCCCCUGUAGUUGCCCAGCCCGCUCCAGUUGUGGCAGCGCGCUACGCUGUCGCACCCACUGCCCGUUAUGCUGUAGCCCCAGUUGCCGCCCCAGUGGCUAGAUACGCUGCUGCUCCUUACGCUCAGUACGUCUCUGCCCCAGCUGCCCCACUUGUAAGCGCUCAGUACGCUGCCGCUCCUUACGCUCAGUACGUCUCCGCUGCUGGUGCGCCCAUAGUAAGCGCCCGUUAUGCCGCUUCUCCAGUUGUAGCUGCACGUUACGCCAGCCCCUACGCAGCUUAUACCGCGCCUGUUGCCACAGCAUACAGCACUCAGGUGUCGUCUUACACUGCCGCUGCACCGUUCGCUGCAUACACAGCAGCAGCCCCAGUAGCCGCUGCAUACACAGCGGCAGCCCCAGUGGCCGCUGCAUACACAGCGGCAGCUCCAGUGGCUGCUGCUUACACGGCAGUCGCACCCGUAGCCGCUGCGUAUACCGCGGCUGCACCUGUGGCCUACACUGCCGCUGCUCCCGCCCGAUACGCAGUGCCAGCGGCAUACGCCGCCCCCGUAGCAGCAGCGCCCGCCCGCCUUGCCGCCGCCGCUCCGGCGAAACUAGUCGAAACUGCCGCUGCCGGAUACCGUUACCCUUAA